AUGACAUCAAUUGGUACUGGAUAUGAUUUGUCAAACAGUGUUUUCUCCCCAGAUGGAAGAAAUUUUCAAGUAGAAUACGCAAUGAAAGCGGUGGAGAAUGGAGGAACUUCAAUCGGUAUCAAAUGCAAGGAUGGCGUAGUAUUGGCUGUUGAAAAAAUCAUCAACUCAAAGUUGUUGGUGCCAGGAAAGAAUAAAAGAAUUCAAACGGUGGAUCGUCAUAUUGGAGUUGUUUAUUCAGGCUUACUACCAGAUGGCCGUCAUUUUGUCAAUAGAUCACGAGAUGAAGCCCAAUCAUUUAAGUCGAUAUACAAGAUCCCCAUGCCAGUUCCAAACCUAAUGGAUAGAAUGGGAAUAUACGUACAAAAUUACACUUGCUACAACUCGGUUAGACCUUUUGGUGUCGUUUCGAUAGUAGGUGGUGUUGAUGACGACGGCCCCCAUUUGUACAUGAUUGAACCAAGUGGUACUUGUUGGGGAUAUAGCGGAGCAGCCACUGGUAAAGGUCGUCAAAUUGCCAAGUCUGAAUUGGAAAAAUUAAACUUUGAAGAAUUGACAUGUAAGGAAGCUGUCAAGAUUGCAGCAAAGAUUAUCCAUUUAGCUCACGAAGACAAUAAGGAUAAGGAUUAUGAAUUGGAGAUAUCAUGGGUGAGUAAAGAGCACACUGGUGGGAAACAUCAGUUCAUACCAGAAGAUGUGUUGGUAGAGGUAAGAAAGCAAGCCGAAGAGGAGGAAGAUGACGAUGAGGAAGAAGAGGAAGAAGGUGGUGACGAGAAUAAGGACGAGGAAAUGGAGACAUGA